AUGUUCUCCACAAUCUCCCUUUCAAUGGGCCAAGCAUCUCCAACUCAAGUUCGAGACCUUGAUGGGAAGUUGGUGCGUUCUGGUACAAAGUACUACAUCUUUCCUGUAAUCCGAGGAAUGGGUGGCGGUGUUACAAUUGCCUCCACGAGAAAUGAGUCAUGCCCACUUGACGUUGUCCAAGCCAAUCAAGAAGUAGAUAAUGGCAUGCCACUGACAUUUAGACCGGUAAACCCUAAGAAAGGUGUCAUUCGGCCUAUUUGUGGAAAUAUUGGUGUUGUGAUUGCUAAAAAUGGAAGUAGACGUCUGGCUAUUAAUGAAGUGCCUUUUAAGAUUAUGUUUAAGAAGGCAUAA